AAGGCGGCACAUAAUACAACAAAGGGCAAAGGAAUAGCUUCUUCUAGCACUGCUCCCCCCAUUUCCGCAUCUGCUAUGGGAGUUCUUGACAUUGCUCGAAUGGGGCUUCUAGAGGUGAAUGCCCUUAAGCAGGGAUUCCUCGACCUUUCCUCUACUAUCGCUUCGAGGAUAGCAGAGUGCGAUGCUCGCAUAGCUAAACUCCAUGCUAUGGAUGCUGAGCGAAUUGACAUUGCAGAAGAUGAGGAAGACGACAAUGGUGCGGUUGAUGGUGAUGACGAGGACAAGGAUGGGUUUGACCUUGCUGAUGAUGAGGGCGAAGAUGGGGCAGCCUCGCAAACGAGUGAGGAUGAUGAAGAUGGUGGUGAUGAAGACAAUGAAGACCAAGAUGAUGUUCAUGAUGGAAAUGGU